GCUUCUCAGGGGCUUGAAUUACCCAGGAAGGCACUGCUGGCAGUGAUCAAAGAGCAAGCUUCAGGAAAAGUCAGCAUUUGCAUUAGGGAGGUUGGCACAGGGCCACAUUUUGAUGUCAUUCUUGGCGCCUAAUAUAACAAGACAAAAGCUGCUUUCACUUGACAUGUUUUGUUUCAUCAUUUCAAUCUACUGAUCUACAAGAUGAAUUGCAGAAGUGAGGUUGUUUCAGCUACUAAGCGGACAUCAUUUCAUUAAAUAACAUCAUCUGUAAUGACUUUGUUUUUGGCUAUUAAGGGGACAUCAUUUGUAAUGACUUUUGGU